AUGCCAUAAUUAACUCCUUAAACACUUAACAAAUUGUGUGAAUACUUUUUGUAUUUAGCCAAAUUAGAAUCAGAAAUUGAAAUUAUUCGAAAUGUACUUUGUGAACAUGAUCGCUUUCAUCCAUUUUUCAUUUUUAAACACAUAGAUGGAAUCUCCAUCAAUCCAAAGGGUUAAUUGAAUCCUGCAGAUCUUCUUCAAUUUCUAGAAGACAAUGGCUUUGUACACAACUUAGAAGAAUGUAUUUAAUUCAUUGAUUUAUAUGAUGAAGAAUCUAAAGGUUAUCUUCUUUAUUCAUAGUAACUAAUUGUUAUAAUUUUAGAUUCUUGAGAAUUUGUUUACCUUAAAAUAAUGUUGUCUUACGAUAAAAGAUAGCAUUAUAGAAUGUAGAUUUCCCUCAUUAUGAUCAAAAGAUAUCUUAUACACUAUCUAAAUUAAUCAACUAUGAAAUUAAAUCAAUGGAAACUACAUCAUCAUUUAUAUAAAAACUUUAGGAUUGUUCAGAUUAUAGUCCAUCUGCAUGUUUUGAAUUCAUGGACUCUCAAAACUCAUAAAUUUUAAUAGCAUCAAAUUUUAGAGAUCUCUUCUAAGAAUCAGCCAUAAUUAUCUAUCCUCAUGAAUUACAAUCUUUAUUCAAGAGAUUUGAUUUACUUAAUGAUGGAGUCAUUGAUAAAUCUGAAUUUAUGAAGUAUUUUAAAAAAAGAGUCAUUAAUCCUAAGGAAUGCAAAACUCCAAUUAAAGAUAAAUCUUAUUUACAUAAUUUUAAAGAAAAAAGUUAAUAAAAAUAAUUAUAAUCCCAAUAAUCAAAUAGAUCUAAAAAAACAUCUACAACUCCUAUUAAAAAAUUAAAUUCUAUAUUGAAAUAAACUGGAUAAUCACCAAAAAAGGAAUUUGAUAAUUUAAGAUCUGUGAGUUUUAUUGAAAGUUCUAAGACUUCUAAAACAUAGAAUUCGAAUUAAAGCUAUAUAUUUAAGACUCCCAAUUAAUAAAAUAAAAAAUAUAUAGAUUAAAAGACAGAACUGAGAGCAUAAAUGUAAUUAUUCAAGGUCUAGAAAUCAUAAUAAAGUUCUAUUAAUUCCACAAUUAAGAAACCUACAUAAAAAAGAUCUACUUAAAAAAAUGGAAUAAAGAAUUCUCCCAAAAAAAAUAAAAAUUGUUUUAAUCCUUCUACAUUUAUUAAGGAUAUAUUACUUAAAUUAAUGAAUUUUGAAAAAGAAAUUGAAAGAAUCAAAAUUAAUUUACAAGCAACACCUGAUUUUUCUAUUUGCAAUACAUUCAGAACAUUGGAUAAAAGGAAAAUGGGAUUCUUAAUUGCUGAAGAUUUAGAAUAAUUCAUAAAUAAAUAACAUCUAUCACUUAUACUAAAGAAAGUAUCUCCUGAUGGUAGAAUUAAAUUUAAUUAAUUUAUUCAAUUAAUAUCACCAUAUCAUUAAGAACAAUAAUCUAUUAGAGAAUAGAGUCAAAAUAGAAAUUACCUUAUAUAAGGAAGAAUAUAAUAAUUAUUAUCUCUCUUAUUUGAGAAAUUAUAUGAGAGAGAACUCUUGUUUUAAUAAGCCAAUUAAGAAAUGAAAUAAAAUUAAUAAUGUGAUAUUAAAUACUUAUUUAUGAUGAUUGAUGAAGAUUCAUAUGAUAAUGAAAUCAGUUUAAAAGAUGUAUAUUAUAUUUAAAUACUAUUUUAUUAGCUUGAUUCAUUUUUGUAUAAGUAAUAAGUGUAACCAGAAUUAGAAGACUUGGAAUUAUUAUUCAAUAGACUGGAUACUGAUAGAGAUGGAAAAAUAUCUUUUCUGGAUUUUAUCAACAUUUUUUCCUUUUGA